AUGGACCGUUCUGCAGAUGGAUUGGGCACUGUGGACGCAAGCCACAAUUAUGUCUCUGCGUCUCGUUGCGGUGCAUGCAGGGGCGGCCGGCCGGCGGCCGCAGAGGGGGCGGCGGGGCCGGGGCCGGGGGCGUGGGCGCUGGCGCUGCCGCUGCUGCUGCUGCUCCUGGCGGCGGCGGGCGGCGUGAGCGCCAACUACCCGCUGUUCGACGUGUCCACGCGCAUGCGCAUCCUGCUGGUGCCGUCGGACGCGCGCGUGGGCCACGCCGUCUACCGCCUCAAGGCGUCCGACUCCGACUUCGAGUACCCGCUGCACUUCGACGUCGUCAGUGGGUACCGCCAGCGGGCGCGCCACGGAGGGAAACUGCGGUCCCAUUCAAAGACGUUGUUUACCAACCGUGGAUCCGCUCUCGAUUACAUCGUCGUGAGGAACAACCCGAAAAACAACCGGUUUGCGUUCUUGGAACUACGCGGCUCGCCGCUUUUCGACUUGAAGCGCGCUCUGAGCUCUCCAGAUACAGUCAAUAACACCAUCGUUUUGGUGGGGCAGCUCGACUUCGAGCAACAAGUGGUUCAUUACCUCACUGUCUAUGCAACGGACGCGUACGCGGAGCCGGGCAACGACACGCGCAACCUGCUGAGCUUCGAGAUGGCGGUGGCGGUGCGCGACGAGCAGGACGAGCCGCCCGUCUUCACGCGCGCCCCGCCCGUCACGCGCCUCAGCGCCUCGCACCGCCAGGGCGACGUGGUGCUGCGCGUGGAGGCGCGCGACGGCGACCGCGGGGCGCCCAGGGCCGUGCGCUACGGCCUCGUGUCGGAGAGCCAGCCGCUGGCGCCCUUCUUCCACGUGGACGAGCACUCCGUUGCUGCUGGAGUCUGCACAGCCGCGACGUUGCCGCUAAAAGCCUUUACUGUCCUAGGCUAUGCAAGUCCAGAUUAA